AUGGUGGAGACGGUAGACCGGUCUGGGAAGAAGCGCUUCCUGGAGUGGGGGCUGCUGCUGCUUCUGCUGCUGCUGCUGGGAGCCCUAGUGGCCCUGGGUGUCCUCUACAGCAGAGCACUGUAUUUCUCCCCAGGAAAGCAGCGGCCCCCAUUAAGUAGCUGGCUAUGCUUCUCCCAGGACGAGAAGACGGUUGUAAAACGAGCCAUCAAAGAGUCAUCACAGACAAGUGACGUCUGCACCACCCCAGGCUGUGUGAUGGCAGCUGCCAGAAUCCUCAAGAACAUCGACCCAACGAAGAAACCCUGUGACAACUUCUACCAGUACGCGUGCGGAGGCUGGCUGCGUCGCCACGUGAUCCCCGAGACCAACUCCCGGCACAGCGUCUUUGACACGCUUCGGGAUGAGCUGGAGGUCAUCCUCAAAGGGGUGCUGGAGGAGUCCAAUGUCAAGGACCGGCCAGCUGUGAGGAAGGCCAAAAUACUGUAUCGCUCCUGCAUGAAUGAGAGUGUGAUAGAGAAGAGAGACUCCCAGCCCCUGCUGAACAUCUUAGACAUGGUAGGAGGCUGGCCUGUGGCCAUGGACAUGUGGAAUGAGACUGUGGGCCUCAAGUGGGAGCUGGAGAAGCAGUUGGCUGUGUUGAACUCGCAGUUCAACAGGCGUGUCCUCAUCGACCUCUUCAUCUGGAAUGACGACCAGAACUCCAGCCAGCAUGCUAUCUAUAUAGACCAGCCUACCUUGGGCAUGCCAUCCCGCGAGUACUAUUUCAACAUCGGCAACAACCACAAGGUGCGGGAAGCCUACCUGCAGUUUAUGAUAUCAGUGGCCACCAUGCUGCGGAAAGACCUGGACCUGCCCAAGGACAGUGACAUGGUGCAGGAGGAGAUGGUGAAGGUGCUGGAGUUGGAGACGCAUCUGGCCAAUGCCACGGUUCCCCAGGAGAGCAGGCAUGAUGUCACUGCCCUGUACCACAGGAUGGACCUGGUGGAGCUGCAGGACAGGUUCAGUCUGAAGGGCUUUAACUGGACUCUCUUCAUACAAAGUGUGCUGUCGUCUGUGGACAUCCAGCUGCUCCCGGAUGAGGAGGUAGUGGUCUACGGCAUCCCCUACCUGCAGAACCUGGAAGAGAUCAUUGACGUCUACUCAGCCCGGACCAUGCAGAACUACCUGGUGUGGCGGCUGGUGCUAGAUCGCAUCAGUAGCCUGAGCCAGAGAUUCAAGGAAGCGAGGGUGAACUACCGCAAGGCGCUGUAUGGCACAACCGUGGAAGAGACACGCUGGAGGGAGUGUGUCAGCUAUGUGAACAGCAACAUGGAGAGCGCCGUGGGCUCCCUCUACAUCAAGCAGGCCUUCUCCAAGGACAGCAAGGCCAUGGUCAGAGAGCUGAUUGACAAGGUAAGAUCCGUGUUUGUGGAUACCUUGGAUGAGCUGACCUGGAUGGACGAGGACUCUAAGAAGAAAGCCCAGGAAAAGGCCAUGAACAUCCGGGAGCAGAUCGGCUACCCUGACUACAUUUUGGACGAACACAACAAGCACCUGGAUGAGGAAUAUUCCAGUCUGACUUUCUCAGAGAACCUGUAUUUUGAGAACGGGCUUCAGAACCUCAAGGCCAGUGCCCAGAGGAGCCUCAAGAAACUUCGGGAAAAGGUGGACAAAAAUCUCUGGAUCAUCGGGGCUGCGGUGGUCAAUGCAUUCUACUCCCCAAACAGAAACCAGAUCGUGUUCCCAGCAGGGAUUCUCCAGCCCCCAUUCUUCAGCAAGGAGCAGCCACAGGCCUUGAACUUUGGGGGCAUCGGGAUGGUGAUCGGGCACGAGAUAACACACGGCUUCGAUGAUAACGGUCGGAACUUCGACAAGAACGGCAACAUGCUGGACUGGUGGAGCAACUUCUCCGCCCAGCACUUCCGACAGCAGUCGGAGUGCAUGAUCUACCAGUAUGGAAACUUUUCUUGGGAACUAGCAGACAACCAGAACGUGAAUGGGUUCAGCACCCUCGGGGAGAACAUCGCCGACAAUGGUGGGGUGCGACAGGCGUACAAGGCUUACCUACAGUGGCUGGCCGAAGGUGGCAAAGACCAGCGGCUGCCGGGACUGAACCUGACCUACGCCCAGCUUUUCUUUGUCAACUAUGCCCAGGUGUGGUGUGGGUCCUACAGGCCUGAGUUCGCCCUCCAAUCCAUCAAGACAGACGCCCACAGCCCUCUAAAGUACAGGGUGCUGGGCUCGCUACAGAACCUGGCAGCCUUCUCUGAGGCGUUCCACUGCCCGCAAGGCAGCCUCAUGCACCCCAAGAAGCGAUGUCGCAUCUGGUAGCCAAGGCUGAGCUAUGCCGCGGCCCACGCCCCGCCACCCAGAGGCUUCGCGAAAGGUGCAGCAGGCAGAGAUGUGCAAGUCCUUGCCUGAAGGCCACUGGAGCCACCAGCCCUCUGCGCCCAGCCCAGAGCGCGGCCACCUGCCCACAUCUGGCAUGAGUGGUGCCUGGUCCUGCGCCCCCUUCAGGCCAGUGAGGGUCACGAGCCCUGUAGGAGCUGUCUGCUGUCUUCCACCCUCUCCGUAGCUAAAUGUUUCAGACUUGAGCUAAGUAAACGCUU